UGGGGGCGGAUCACCUGCGGGCUGCCCUAGGGAACCGGGUGCAACCGGUACCGGACGCACCGGCUCGCUGGGGUUAACCUGCUGCUGCUGCUGCUCCCAGGGAAGUUGUCUAAGGGAGAGGGGCGCUGUGCUACCCUCAUUCGGACGACUGAAGAGAUCUUUUGCACAAUUUCUCAGUGACUGGCAUCUAAGAACCCAAGAUUGCGCGAACUUUUCUCUGGUGGAAGUAUCAGCAAAAGGGGGCUGUUUCCUCCUAGGUUCAAGAGCAACGUGCUUCGUGAACACAUCGGCUGGUGAGGGAGCGGAAAGAACUGAGAAACCCACUUUUCCUCUUGGAAAGUAACUACACGUUUAAGGAGUCUAAGCACCUUUGGAAACCUCUGGCAUUUUGAAACCUGGUGUUGGGUGAAUACCGGAGGGCAGAAUGGAUGAUUUUAUUUCCAUUAGUCUGCUGUCUCUGGCUAUGUUGGUGGGAUGUUACGUGGCUGGGAUCAUUCCUUUGGCUGUUAAUUUGAAAGCACCAUCAGGCUAGUGAAACCAAGCAGAAUGUGAUUGCAUCAGACAAAGCAGCAGAAAUACCAGUUGUCCAUGAGCAUGAGCACGGCCACGACCACAUACAGCUGCACGCCUAUAUCGGUGUGUCCCUCGUCCUGGGCUUUGUUUUCAUGCUGCUGGUGGACCAGAUUGGCAGCUCCCAUGUGCAUUCCACUGAUGAUCCAGAAACAGCAAGGCCUAGCAGCUCCAAAAUCACCACUACACUGGGGCUGGUUGUCCAUGCUGCAGCGGAUGGUGUGGCUUUGGGCGCAGCAGCUUCUACUUCACAGACUAGUGUCCAGUUAAUUGUGUUCGUGGCAAUAAUGCUACAUAAGGCUCCAGCAGCAUUUGGGCUGGUCUCCUUCCUCAUGCAUGCUGGCCUGGAACGGAAUCGAAUCAGAAAACACUUGCUGGUAUUUGCUUUCGCAGCACCAGCCAUGUCCAUGUUGACGUACUUAGGAUUAAGUAAGAGCAGUAAAGAAGCCCUUUCAGAGGUCAACGCCACUGGAGUGGCCAUGCUUUUCUCUGCCGGGACAUUUCUUUAUGUUGCCACAGUUCAUGUUCUCCCUGAGGCGAGCAAUCCCUUUGGCCAGGCCUUUGUCCAGCAUGGAGAGUGCUUCGUCUGCUCACAUGGCACCUGUGGCAAGAAGAAAUUCUGGCUGUAUCAGAAGAGGGAAGCGUCUGCCUGCUGGCUUCAGACGUUUGGAAAUCAUGCCUGUGUCUUGGUCUUUCCCCUCCUUUCCCCUAACUCUCCCCCCAGGCCUUCCUCCCCACAGCUUGCCUCUUAUUGCUCCUGGCAGUGUCCGUAGUUGUGUCAGAUGGAUUCUCAUCAGAACAACCCCUUCUUGAGCUGUGGUAAAGAUAACAUUGUCAUCAUUUCCUUCAAAUAACUUAUCUUUAUGUCAAAUACAGCUUUGGUAAGCCCCCAGAACUACCAUCUGCUCAUGUGUAAGUUGACACAAUCACUGAUAUUCUGAUAAUUAAGCGGUUAAGACAGCAAAAGUAUUCAACAAACCAUAGUAAUUUUUCCAUGUUUGCCAAAAUCUUCAUAAAUACCAUUUUUUCAAAUAGGUGUAUAAUACUGUAUUAAUUUAUUAUUAUUAUUAUUAUUGUUAUUAUUAUUAUUUUGGUAUCAUUUCAAAACAUGAAGAAGCAGGACUAGUUUCUUUAGAGCAGGUGUCAUAUUUGUGUUUUAUGUGAUGGAUAAGCCAGCGUGCCCCUUCCAGGAUUCUUUAUUUCUCUCCUAGAUCAUCACUGGUCAGCAGCUUUGGAAUUAAACUUGUGAGCCCUCUGCUGGCUGCUGUGAAGAAAGUAACAGAAACAGGGCCCAGUUCUGUGUAGAGGCUGGCAGCCAUUGCAUCCCAUGUUAACCUGAGAGGAGGUGCAUUGUGGGAAGUUGGGUGACUCUCCUGAUUGAGUACAGACAGCUAACUCGGGAGGUUUGGUCUCAUGUAGUCCUUUCUAAGUACGGUUUCCUUGAUUCAUUCUAGAAACUUACUGCAUCAAGUAAAUAGCAGGUUUCUGUGUCUGAUUUGGUUUGGAUAGUGAUUUCUGUCCUCUUACAAUGUGCAGUGGUCAGAUAUGUUGUACUGGCCAAAGCCUCUUUCAGCAGUGCCUUGUCAUCACACUUAAAAGUUUGGCUAGAAUAGCUUGCUGGAUAAGGCCUUGAACUCUGGCAAGGACUGAACCAUCAAACUUCCAAAUUUUCCUUCCCCUCUGGACCUUGAUAUUAAUGAGCUUUCACAUCCCACGCUGCUGCCUCCAGAACUGGUCAGCAGACAGAAAUAGCCAUAUGAAUCUUAAUAGGGCUCAAACACAUCUUCAGGCAGCAAGAAAUGUGCAGUGUGGCGAGACCUCUUUCCCUGGGCGGGGGGAGCGGGCAGAGGUUGCUUGUGUGGUGAACAGUGUCCUGGACAGGCUAUCUCAGUGUCCACAGCAUGUUUCAGUUCUGUUUUCCUCCUGCUUAAAACUGCCUCCUUUGAUGUGGAUGCCUUAAUGCACUAAUACAUUUGCGAACACUGGUGGCACUUAAGCCGCUGCCAUGAUUACAAAUGGAAUUAUUGGCUACCAAAGAGAAGUCGUUGAAAAGCACGGUCCCUUCUUCCUCAUAACCAAAGCAAUCUUAAUUGCAGUUUGAGUUCUUCAGAUUCUAAGCACUCUCUUACAAGGCAGAUUAGGUUGAAAACUACUGAUCCACUACCCCUCUGGUUCUCCAGGUCUUGCUUAUCAAUCCCCAUAGCACCAGAGCUGCCAUGUUCUGGGUUUGAUAUGGUUCCAGGAUUCCUAGGCGUACUGUUGCAGGCUUCUUUUAGACAGAAGUUCUGCUCUAGAAUGCCAGGAGUUGGAAAGGGUACCACCUACAGAGGCCAUGCGUGCUCUUCCUUCUCCAUUGCACCUUUUCAUUUCCCAACUCAAAACAGUCAGGUUAGCCUGUUCUGGCAGUUUGGGGUCAUUAGAGAAAAGAAAGGGCGUGGCUGUUUGGAGGUGUCACUCCUUGUAGAAAGGGGAAAAUGGAUUUUUUUAUUUUUAAAAACUAGUCUAUUUCUAAGUGUCACUACCUGGUUUUUCUCUUUGUAAAGAAUUAGAACUAGGAGGACAUGCCAGUAUCAGAGUGUGGCAAGCCCCUGUCACUCAGGGUAACUUAAGUACUGAACACAGGAACCAUAUGUCAACAGCACAAACCUCCAAAGAGCACUCCUGCCUUUGGGCCUGAGUCCCAAACUGCUGCAGUACAAGGAGAAACCCCUUGGUGGUAGUUCUACAAUAGAUUUCCUUCCUUGCAGCAGGAAAUUUCUACUCAGUACAGAAUGGUCCUUGUCCCCUAAAGAGCACAGGUAGAGAUGCUUCAAUAGCAACCAAGGAUGCAACUUUUUGUACUUGAGACAUCUCAGUUCACCUCAGGAGACUUGAAGAUGUGUGACUUUGGGAAAGUACUAGCCGACCAUGUAGGACUUCUUUAGAUAUGCUCAAUCUAACACAGUUGCUUAACACAAGGAACCUGGCCUUGCUCUUUGUAGGUGGUGUCUUCCUGAGAGCUGGGAGUCUGAUGGUGAUAAACACUGCAGCUCCUCUGGUUUGGUGGCCUAAAUGGUGAUUUUAAAUGUCCCUUUUUCUGGAUCCUUUGUACACAUAAAAUCAUUCCAUGGAUGGCUGCCUUAUAAUUUUGUCUCUUUCCACUUUAAUUGUGAAUGAUUUAAAAAUUGCUGUUUUCUGAUUUGUUUUCUGAUAUUAAAUUUUUAUUAGUGCAAACCUUA